AUGUAUUAUUUUAAUGUAAUUUCAGCGGGGGCCGGGCCUAACAGGGCCGGCCCCAACAAAUCUACAAACGUGAACGGCUCCUUCAGUCCGCACAACUCGCGGGAGGGCGACAAGCGUUCGGACGGCAACGAGCCCGAGCCCGCGCCGAUGGUCGUGCACAACAUCAGUAUCAGCGUGACGGACACGGACUCGCCGGCGGGCGUGCGGCGGCGCGUGCACCUGCGCUCGCUCAGCGACGUGACGCCGGCCGCCCGCGCGCCCGUGCAGCGCGCGCGCUCGCACUCGGAGCGGCCGCGCGCCUCGCCCGCCCCCUCCCCCGCGCGCUCGCUCGCGCUGUCGCCCGCGCCGUCGCCGCUGCGCGCCGCGGUCACGCGCAGCGAGCGCUCGUCGCCGGACGCGUCGCUGCGCGAGUCGCGGCCCGUGGGCAGCGGCGGCGACCCGUGGCGCAAGAUGAGCGAGGUGGACCUGAAGAGCGCGGGGCGGGCGCGCGCCGACCCGUGGGUGAAGAGCGCGAGCCUGCGGCCCGGCGAGGCGGCGCGGCGGCGCGCGCGCGGCCGGCUGGAGCGCGCGGCGCCCGUGUGCGAGGCGUGCGGCCGCUCCGCCUGCGACUGCUGGCGCGCGCGCUGCACCUGCUCGCCGCGCGCUGCGCGCCUGGCGCCGCGCCCCCCGCACCCCGCGCACCCCGCCCGCGCACACUCCGACGACGAGACGCGCCCGCGCCGCCUCUACAAGUCCGCCUCGCAGGCCAUAUGCUCUUCCACGGAGGAGCGUCCUAAGCCCGCCGAUCCCCUCCUCGAGACCACGUGCUGA